CUUUUCCAAUCUCGUUCCUGGUUAUGGGUAACGAAUCCGAAACGCAAACGCUUCUAAACGCGGCCGACUAUCUCCUCCAAAGCCGCAACUUCGCCGACUGCAUCAACUACGCCGCCCGCGCCCACGAUUCCGACCCCACCAAUCCCGCCCCCGCCAGAAUCCUCUCCACCGCCUCCGUCCUCUCCGCCUCCAAAAUCUCCCCCACUCACCACGACUACUACGCCGUCCUCAAUCUCCCCUAUUUCGACUCCGAUUCCUCUCGAAUCGACUCCACCUUCGAAACCCUAACUUCAAUUCUCGAUCCCAAUACCAACCGCUGCCCCUUCGCAUCCGAGGCCUUCGAUUUGGCGGUCAAAGCGUGGUCCGUCCUCUCCAAUCCCCUCGAGAAGGCCGGCUUCGAUGCUGAAUUGCAGGCGUUUUUAGAUCCCGCCGCCUCUACCUCCGCUACCUUUUGGACAGUCUGCCCUUACUGCUAUUACGUCUACGAGUAUGAUAAGGUUUUCGAGGAUUGCUGCUUGAAGUGCCAGAAUCAGAGGUGUAGACGAGUGCUUCACGCCGUGCCGAUUGCGGGGCCGCCGCCGCCGCCGGACGUGGUGGCCAGGGGCCAAUACUGCUGCCCGGGAUUUAUGCCAUUUGCGCUUCGUUCCGCCAAUGGAGACCCAAUUCGAGACAAAUUGUGGCUUCCCUUCGCGCCAUUGCAUCACCGAGGUUCUCAGGCUCAUGUUAAUGGAGAAAAGGCGAAAACGGAAGGAAAUUCGAGGAAGAGGAUGAAAUCCGUGCCCUGGAAAUCGAAGAAGUUGUUGGGUAGAGGGAUUAAUAUCGAUGGCGGUGAGGCAAAUUUUGUAUACGGAGUUAGAGAGGAUGGUUGUUUUAAUGACGAACCCAAGCCCUGUUCGGGGGGACUGGAGUUCCUUAAUGGAGAUGAUGAUGUAUUCGUGAGUUUGCCGUGCGAAUUCGAUAUGGGAAAUGGGAGACCAGUGGCCUUGUAAAAUGCUACAUGCCGUGAUGUUCAUACAACUGACUGAAGCGGGAAGGUAAUUGCUUAUUUGGUGUAGGAAAGAAAUUAUCUACUUAUCUGCUUCGUUAUUGUUUUGCAUCUUCCCUGUAAAUCUAUAGCCUUUUGGGGUAGUGCUGACACACACAAUGUGCUCUAGCUGUGUAAGUUGGUUUUUGCUUUCUUGUCAAAUUGCCAAGGGUUAGUUGUUUUAGUUUAUGAGAAAAUAUUCCUUUUAUGUCCACCCAUUAACUCAUAGUACUAUAUUUGUAUUUGCACCAAAUCCAGUCUUAUUCUUAGGGUGAGUUGGGCUUCUAUUUCUGAAACUUCUUUAUCAUAAUAAGUAAUAACCAAAGUAUUCUUCUUUUCCCAAACAUGUACUUAUUCCAUGAUUGAAUUGAAAGGAAAAUAUAGCAAUUUAUAGUCUUGGUUUCUGCCUUUAAUGAUGAUCAGGCCAUUCUUGGAGUAUUUCCUUUUCAGUUUCAUACUUAACUAGUAUUUUGCAAUCUGCUUGUAUAGACAUGUUGUGAUCCAGUUAAUAGGACUGACACAAGAUUGAAUAUAACAGAUAAAAUUAGAAAUUUACUCCUUAACGUAUCAUUUACUUUUCAGUUUGGUAGUAUGGUUAGUACUUGCUACAUUCCUUUCAAUGAUCUGUUGUAAUAUGUGGUUGGAGUUAGACUGUUAGAAGGAGCUAAUCUUUGGUUCCAAGUCUGAACUUUGUUGGUUCCAGAAAUCCAAUUGACUUGCAGAUUUAAGUUAACUCAUGUUAUAUUCUCAUCUUUUUUUAUGUUGACUCAUACCCAUGCAUUUUGCUGGAUUGUUGUGGCUGGCUGGCUUUAUCUUGAAAGAGGUGGAGGAGAGAGAGCCUCUGUUUUUUCAGGUUUAAACUGACGAUCACUUGAACCUUUUCACACUCUGUUUUGAUAUUUUUCCUAUUCUACAGUAUUUGGUUUCUUGUGAAUUGCUAAUUUUAAUAUCCAGAUUUGUAGAACUCAAAAUUUCUGAAGGCAUCAGCUUUAAAACUGUCCUUGUAGUUUUGAAAUGCUUCAUUUUUAUGGGAUGAAUGGAGUUUUUUCUCUUUUCUGUUUUUUGGAUA